AUGUCACUCACCUUGCAAACUCCGUCCUCUGCUGCUCUCUCUUCUGCAUCUUCCAUUCACAGAACAACAACAAGAUCCACGUUCUCCUUCUCGCUUCGUUCCACGCUUUCCCCCACAACUCUCCAUUUCAAGUCCCACAGGUGCCUCUCUCAUACUCGCGCUUCCGCUUCUUCUAUCAAUACCGUUUCCACCAAUGAACUCGAUGCCGUGUCCGCCUUCAGCGAGAUCGUCCCCGACACCGUCGUCUUCGAUGAUUUCCAAAAGUUUCCUCCAACUGCUGCUACUGUCAGUUCAUCGCUUCUCUUGGGAAUAUGUGGCCUUCCAGACACUGUUUUUAGGAAUGCUGUGGAAAUGGCUUUGGCUGAUUUUGAGUGUUAUGGAAUUGAAAAUUCUAAAGCGCGACUGUCUUGUUUUGUCAACAAGGCUUUCGCAAAUGUGGGUAGUGACAUGGCAAAGCUUGUUCCUGGCCGUGUUUCCACGGAAGUGGAUGCUCGGCUUGCUUAUGACACACACGCCAUUAUCAGGAAGGUGCAUGACCUGUUAAAGUUGUACAAUGAUAGCAAUGUACCUCCACAACGUCUAUUGUUUAAAAUUCCUUCAACUUGGCAAGGAAUAGAGGCUGCAAGCUUGCUGGAAUCUGAAGGCAUACAAACACAUUUGACCUUUGUCUACAGUUUUGCUCAAGCCGCUGCUGCAGCUCAAGCAGGUGCAUCUGUUAUUCAAAUUUUUGUUGGUCGCAUAAGGGAUUGGGCACGUAAACAUUCUGGCGACACAGAGAUAGAAUCUGCCCAGCUAAGAGGAGAGGAUCCAGGGCUGGCAUUGGUGACGAAAGCUUACAAUUAUAUCCACAAAUAUGGACAUAAGUCAAAGUUGAUGGCAGCAGCAGUUCGCAACAAACAAGAUCUAUUUAGUCUUCUGGGGGUUGACUAUAUCAUAGCUCCUUUAAAGGUAUUGCAGUCUCUCAAAGAAUCUGUUGCUUCUCCUGACGAGAAGUAUUCUUUUGUUAGGAGGUUAUCCCCUCAGUCUGCUGCACAGUACACAUUUAGUGAUGAAGAGCUUGUUAAAUGGGACAAAGAUAGCCUGGCAAAUGCCAUGGGGCCUGCAGCUUUGCAGCUUCUGGCUGCUGGACUGGAUGGCCAUGCUGAUCAAGCAAAGCGGGUGGAAGAUUUAUUUGGGAAAAUUUGGCCACCACCAAAUGUAUGA